UCCUCGCCCAACCCUGCCACCACCCCUGCCGCCGCAAAGCUGCUUUGCCUGGUCGUGACAGUGUUGCAUUCCCCUCUACGAACCCUGUCGACACCAUCCCAACCCCACCCCGUUACACGGUCAGUUAGUUGUUUCCUCUUUACCCAACCCCACCCCCAUGCGAUGGUCUGCGGUGAGCGCCUGCAGGAGGUGGCUCGGCGCCUCGCUGGGGCCGCACCCAACGGCGCAGUGGUGGAUUCGUACGGCAUCACACGUGGCGGCAGCCGUACGGGUGGCAGCGGGGGCGGGGGCGUGUCGUACAUUGUGGCCCUGCUGGAGUUCGGCGGCAACACGGCGGGCAUGUUCGGGGCUGCUCGGGAGUUCCGAGUCAUCGCCGUCACGCAGGGUGUGCAGUACACGCUGCGCAUCACCACCACCCGCCACCGCUUCCUGGCGCAGCCGGAGGUACGGCAGCUGCUGCGCGGGGUGGUGGACUCGUUCGAGGUGCUGCAGUAGCUAGGGCGGGCCGGGCGUUUGACUUUUUCCCUGGAUGGGCGCAUGGCGAAGUUGGGUCUGGACGUGAUGUUGGAGGGACCAGGAAGCCGAUGGGCCCUAAGGAUGCCGGACUGUAACGGAGACA